AUGUCUCCCACAUACUUGCUAGUGUUGUUCCUUGGAGUGGUGGUUCUCACCACCCCAUCUCUUGCUGAUUACCCCAAGCCCCCUCCAACCAAGAAGCCACCACCGGAGCACAAGCCUCCGGUGGAGAAGCCACCUCCAGAACACAAGUCACCUACUAAACCUCCCAAGGCAGAAAAGCCACUCCCAGAACACAAGCCACCAACCCCAAUUGGUAAACCUCCCAAGGGAGAGAAAUCACUUCCUGAACACAAGCCACCAACCCCAGUUGGCAAGCCAUCUAAGGGAGAGAAGCCACCACAUUAUGGUCACAACCCUGGCCACCCUCCUGUCGAGAGUAAAGAAGACUCGUACAAGCCGCCUCAUAAGAUUGAGCCUCCUUCAGCUCCGAUGAAAAAGCCAGAAGCUCCUGGAAAGAAGCCAUCAACUCCGCCCCACAAGCCACUGCACAAACCUCCAUCUCCCUCCCAUCCCAACUAA